UUGUAGUGUGUACUUGAUACUAAUCUCGAUUGUACUCCUUGUGAAAAGGGCCAUACUAAGUCAUAAAACAUAUUGUCUUCCUUGUUUUUAUCGAUAAACUUCCGUAAUCAGUCGUUUGUAUUUGUAAAGACCAAAUUUACCUCAUCGUUAUAUUUUCUAUCAAAAAGGUGCAUGUAUCUUCAGGUAUAUUCACCAGCAAUUUAAUGAUAAAAUCCACACACAGGAGACGCUGUCUAAUAUUGAGGCUCAAAGGUUUCUCUAGAUAAUGUCGCUGAUAUAGAUAAACAAACGUUAAGGUACAGGGACAGGAUGUUGUUGGUCAUAGUAUUACAGUUGUCAAUUUUAGCUCUUUUACUUACUGCAAAUAAUGUGACAAGUGGCCCAAAGGCUAUUGUUUUUAUCCAUGGAAUUCUUGGUAACUAUGAAGAGGGUACAGAUAUUCAGAGAUGGGUAGAAGAGGUUCACCCUGACACGCCUUUCUACUCCAUAGCCCUUUACCAAAGGAUAGGUAGCCUGGUUCCCCUUUGGAAACAGAUAGAUAUAAUAAAAAAUGAUGUAGUAGGCAUCAUGAACAACCACACAGAUGGCAUCCAUCUGAUUUGUUUCUCCCAGGGAGGGCUGAUUUGUCGAGGUAUUUUGUCGACGACUCAACAUAAUGUCGACACUUUCAUAUCAUUGAGCGCUCCUCUCGCAGGCCAGUAUGGAGAUACAGCAUAUCUGAAACACCUUUUUCCAAAAUUCCUAAAAUCAGAAUUAUACAGACUGUUUUAUACCAGAGGGGGUCAGGACCUAUCGAUUGGAAACUACUGGAAAGACCCCCAUCACUUGAAACAGUAUCAGAAAUAUUCCAAUUUUCUUGCACCAUUAAACAACGACACCUACACAUCAAAAAUGAACGAAUAUAAGCAAAACUUUCUGAGGCUAAAUAGACUUGUUCUGAUUGGUGGACCGGAUGAUGGCGUCAUCACACCUUGGCAGUCAAGUCAUUUUGCAUUUUACAACUCUGAGGAGAAGGUUGUCGAAAUAGAACAACAAAGAUACUUCCUGGAAGAUUCUUUUGGUUUGAAAACCUUAUACAACCAAAGAAAGGUGAAGAUUUACGUUAUUCCUGGCGUGCAGCACAUAUAUUGGCAUAACAACCGUACAGUGUUUAACAAUGCAAUACUUCCUUGGCUGAUUUAGAUUGUUCAUAUACAUUGUACAAGAACACAAAUCUGAAGCAUCCUGUGUUCUGACAAUACUCAUUGAUUACAAACCUACUCAGAUAUACAUUGCUCAUUUGUUUUCCUUUCUUGAUCUUUGCUGCUCCUGUAAAAAUAUUCAAUUAGAAAUGCUGAACUGGAAAAUUUCUAGAUAAAAACACUUUAAAAAAUUUAAUGAAAGAUUCGACAUUUAAUUUUUUUAAAAUAAUUUACAUGGAUUUGUUGGAGUUGGCAACAGUAAUGCAUGUUUUAAUAAGUUAAUAAAGUUUCCAAAUAAAGUACCCGAUUAUACUGUA